CCCGCGCGACCCGGCACUCAAAUGCGCUGGGGCUAAGCCAAUGACGAUGACCCUUCUCUGCUAAUUUACGCAUUUUUUUGCUCCCUUAAUUUCUCGGUUACUACUUUCUAAUCAAUUACUAUUGCAUAUGCUAGCUACUUGCCAUCUUUGCUGCUGAUUUCUUCCUCCAUAAAUUGGAAGAAAGAUUCGAAGGGUAUGACUCUUUGCAGAGAAAAAGUGAUUUGGUGAAGGCAAAAAAGGCCUGACAGGAGAGAGGAAAUGGAGUGGCAAAAUCAAGAAGUGCAACAGCGAGAAGAAGGGUAUCUGCAGUAUCAAUUUCAGAAUGGGGUUUGUGGGAAGGUGAUGACUGAUGAACAGAUGGAGGAACUGAGGAAACAGAUCGUUGCCUAUGCGGUUAUUUCUGAGCAGCUGGCUGAGAUGCACAAAGCCAUGUCUGCCCAUCAGGAUUUUACUGGAAUAAGGUUGGGAAAUCCCUACUGUGAUCCAAUAGUAGCCUCGAUUGGCCAUAAGAUCACUGCUAGACAGCGAUGGACUCCAACAUCAUUGCAGCUGCAAAUCCUGGAGAGUAUAUAUGAUCUAGGAAAUGGGACUCCGAGCAAGCAAAAGAUCAAAGAGAUAACAGCUGAACUGGAACAGCAUGGCCAAAUUUCUGAAACAAAUGUCUAUAACUGGUUUCAGAACCGGCGUGCUCGUUCAAAAAGGAAGCAGCAGGCCUCUGGUUCAAUCAAUGCAGAACCAGAAGAGGAUGCAGAAGGUUUGGGUACAAAAGAGAAGAGGACCAAACCAGAAAGUCUGGAGUUUAUUGAUAUCCCUGCACAAGGGGUUGAAAGCUUCUAUUUCCAAAACCCAGAUACAGGGAUUGAUCAGUUUACUGGUAAAGUGGAAUCUUCAAGAGGCUAUGAUCCUUAUAAUAACCUAGUCGAACAAUUUGGCUUGCUCGGAUGAUGCCUUGGCGAUCUCUUGCCAUACUUAGACUGAAGCUGCUGGAAUUGAUAACAUAGAUAUACGUUUGGGAGGCCCUUUGAGAAGGAAGUGUAUAACCCGCAGAGAAUACUCGACUUGAUCUAAUUACAGUAUAUUUCCUUUUUCUAAGCAAGGAAAAGUUGUGCUUGUUUUACAAGUUCCAUGUUGAUUUCACCUAACGACAGAGUUCAUAUACUAGACGACAUUCUCUUUUCAAAAAAUUAUAAGAGCGAGAUUCUUCUCUUAUUUUACU